AUGGCCGAUCCGCUCUCCGUUGCUGGGAGUAUAGCAGGGCUAGUGUCGCUCAGCAUACAGGUUACGGGCUCUAUCGUCAAAUUCUAUGAUUCAUAUCAAGGUCAAGGCGUUGCUGUAGACCGGACAACAGGGAUGCUUAAGAGUUUCCUAAGUAUGCUCCAGUAUCUUCACCAGAGGAUACAGGAGCGUAAAUUCCAGCCCGAUGAGCAAGAUUUGAUCCAAGCCAUCGAAUCAUCAAUUGAAAACUGUGAGGACCUCAUCUAUGAGCUUCGGGAUGAGUGCGAAAAAUUAAAGAAAAAGACUCCGGCUGGUGACCUCAAGGCUGUCCUCAAGGUCACUGGGCGUCGAGCGUUAUAUCCAUUCAAGGAGAGUACACUGAAAAAGCUUGAAGAGGACAUUGGUGAGAUGCGAGAAAAUCUGACAUUUGCAUUAAAUGCAUUACAGGUUGAGGAGAAUAAAAACCAUCGAGAGGAUAUAGCGGACGUGAAGCUGGUUCUUGAUGUUGUGAGAGCAGAUCAGAUAACAUCGACGAUUUGUGACUGGCUCAAGGCACCGGAUGUCACUACCAACCACAACUCUGCAGUGGCCAAAUGCCAUUCAGGAACCGGCAUGUGGCUCGUCAGAGGUGCCAAAUUUGAGAACUGGCUGGCUCAGAACUCUUCCUUACUCUGGCUCAACGGCUUCGCAGGAUCUGGAAAGUCAGUUUUAUGUUCCACUGCCAUCCAAUACACAUGUCGGAAGAAACAGGCUGUUCCAGAUAUUGUUGGAAUUGCAUUUUUUUACUUUACUUUCAACGAUAAAUCCAAACAAGACGCCUCUGGCAUGCUACGAGCUUUACUACUACAGCUUUCUGGCCAACUCCACGAUGGCUAUAAAGAGCUUGAGCGCCUCCAUAAGUCUUACAAAACUGGUACUCCCCCAACACUAGAAUUAGCCGCUUACCUCCACUCUUUAAUUCAGAGGUUUCAGCACGUAUAUAUAUUUCUGGAUGCAUUGGACGAGAGCCCUCGUUUUACCUAUCGAGAUGAAGUUCUCGACAUAAUAAUGUUAAUGCGGUCAUGGUCGUUGCCAGGAAUGCAUCUGUUGGUUACUAGCAAAGAUGAGAUCGAUAUCCGGAACCGGCUAAACCCUACUAAUGAAGAAGAAGAGGUUAUGCGUAAUGAUGCUAUCGAUCAAGACAUUAGCAAAUUUAUAUCUACCGAGUUGCAGACAAAUCAGGCACUCCACAAAUGGAAGGCGGACCACGAUAAAAUACAAAAAGCUCUGACUGAGCGUGCAGGCGGAGUGUUCCGCUGGGUAGAGUGCCAAUUCCAAGCCCUCAAGAGUUGUCUACGGAGUGAGAGAAAGCUCAAUAAGUGCCUGGAGGGAUUGCCACGAGACUUAGAUGAGACUUAUGAGCGAAUGUUAUGCAAUAUCGAUGAAGAUGCCUUUGAAGAAGCACGACGGAUGCUGACUCUUCUCUGUUACUCUGUCCGACCCCUAACAGUAUCGGAGGUUAUCGAUGGGAUUGCAGUUAGUCUUGAUGAGCCUGCCUACCUUGACCACCAACGUCGGCUGGAAGGCGCUGAUGACCUACACGGCCUAUGUCCUGGCCUGAUCAGCAUCGUGCACUCAGAAAAUAGGAGUAAAUCGCCCACAGUUCAUAUCGCCCACUUCUCAGUCCAAGAAUACCUUCAAUCGCAUCGCAUUACUGCACAAAAAUCAGCGAGCUUUUCCCUACAAGGUGAUCUUGCCCAUACAGAGAUUGCACACAUUAGCCUUGUAUAUCUUAUGGAACCAGAUUUGUCACUAGAUAUGCCAAAUGUUAAGCUCCCACUAGCUGAAUACGCUGCACAAUUCUGGUAUGACCACUACAAGGAUGCUGGGAGGCCAGAUUAUCUUGAAGGGGCGAUAUUACGGAUGUUUAGACUAAAAAGAGAAAGAUUUCAUGCUUGGGCGAUGUUAUAUGAAGGCUGGGAUAGAGACGAAUAUUCUUUUUCCGAUCUUGAUACAGACGAAUAUUCACCCUCCGAUCCUGAUACAGACGAGAAUUCUUUUCCCGAUACCACGGUUGGACAACCACUAUACUAUGCAUCGCUUUUUGGGCUUACCCGAGUUGUGCAAGACAUUAUAGAAUCAUCCAGCAGCCACGCGAUAAAGGACCAAAUCAAUCCUCAAUAUACGAGUGGACUAUCUCACCUCGCGCUGGUGGCAGCAUCAAAGGGAGGUUUCGCAGCAAUCGUACAAAUAUUACUGGAUAACGGUGCCGACAUCAAUUUAACAGAUAGUUCUGGGAGCAAUGCCCUUAUCGCCGCGUCUUUCAAUGGCUGUGAAGAAAUAGUACAUCUACUGCUGGAUAGAGGUGCUGAAAUUAACGCUCUGGGGGAUGGGGGUACUGCACUUUAUGCAGCAUCCAAAGCAGGCUACGAGAAUGUUGUCCAAUUACUACUAGACCGCGGUGCUGACAUCAAUGCUAGUGGAUUUGGUGAUACUCCACUACUUGCUGCAUUUUACGAGGACCACGGGGGUAUAGUCCAGCUACUCCUAGCGAAUGGUGCCGAUAUUCAUGCCAAGGGUGUGGCUGGUACCGCACUUUACUUAGCAGCCAAAAAGGGCCACAAGAGUAUGGUGCAACUAUUACUAGAUCGUGGUGUUGAUAUUAAUGCUAUUAUGUGGGACGGUCAUACUGCGCUCCACGCAGCAUCCGGACAAGGCCACGAGAGUAUAGUCCGGCUCCUAUUAGACCGUGGUGCUGAUGUCAAUGCUAUGGGAUUAGAUGGUCCUGCGCUUCGCUUCGCAUCAUCUAGAGGCCUUGAAAGCAUAGUUAAGCUGCUAUUAGACCAUGGUGCUGAUGUUAAUCUUUAUGACGAGAAUUUUGGUAGUGCACUCAUAACAGCCUCGUCCGAUGGCCAUGUGGGCAUAGUUAAGCUGCUAUUGAAGAGUGGUGCUAAUGUUAAUAUUUGGGGAGAGCUUUAUGGUAGCCCGCUCGAGGCAGCCUCGUCUAUGGGCCAUAUUGGUAUAGUUGAGAUGCUACUGGAGAGUGGAGCCGACCCGAAUGCCCAGGGAUUGGAUCAGCAUGAUACUGCAAUUUGGGAAGCAAGACGUUGGGGCCAUCAGGACGUAGUUAAACUACUCCUGGAUCAUGGGGCAACGCCGUUACCUGACUAA